AUGAAUCAUUCCUUGCAAAAGAAAGAAAAAGGGUUCAUUGGCAAUUUAAAAUAACUCUUAAAUGUAUUUUUUUGAAUAAAAAUUAGAGUUCUGAGUACUACAAUAUCAUAAAAGUCUUAGAGUCUAAUAAUGGUUUCAUCAUACUUAAUUUAAAUGAAUUUUAAAGUCAAAUAUUAAAGAACCAUUUUAAACAUUCCAAUAUGGCUAGUUUUAAAAGGUUAAUAAUGUAUGUAUUAAAUAGAUAAUUAAAUAUGUAUGGAUUUGAGUUUUCAAGGACAUCAGAAGGUUUAAUGAAAUUUCAGCAUAAUCAAUUUGAUAGUAAAAAUAAUGAGGGACUUUAAAUGAAAUAAAAUUCAUCAAUAAACACACUAACACCAGAUCAAGAAUUAUAUUUGUUAAAAUUACAAGUUAAAGAUAUUUAAAGAAAUCAACAAAUUAUGUAAAGUUAAAUAAGAUAAAUCAUUGAUAGAUAAUAAGAGAUUCAAAAAAAUAUUAAGAAGGCUAUGCUUGUAUUAAUCAUUUAUUAUGAUAGGAUUAUGUAAGAAUAAGAGUUAAUGGAUAAACUAAAGGAAAAAAAGUAGGGAAAUUUGUAUGGAAAUUCCAUCUUAAUAUUACAAAUAAGAAAUACAGUAUAUAUAUUGUAUCUUAAAAAUAGAAAGGUUCUUAUAUUAGAAAUGGAAAGAAGCUAAUUCUUGUUAAGAAUGUCCUUGUAUUGGAGAUAUAUCUUAAUAAACCUUUAAAUAAUAAUUCUAUACCUACCCAUUAAUAAAUAACUCAAUAUUUGAUAUCAAAAUCCCAAAUUUAAAUUUAAGAAGUCCUGAAAUUUUAGAACUCUGUGACACAUAAGAUUAAAAUGAGAGUAGUGAUUUAGAUUUAAUGGAAGUUUAAAGUGUUAGUAAUAUAAGUAAUUAUCUUAAUUUGUGA